AUGUUGCAGGUGAGAAACUGGUUGAAAGUCUCGGACAAUCUGAAACUGUUUCUCAUGAUUCUGGCCGUCAUUUUGGGCGUGCUGAUCGGAGCACUUGUGAAAUAUCUUGUCCCGAAUGUCAGCUCACGUACAGCCACCCUGGUCGGUUACCCGGGCGAAUUGCUCAUGAAUAUGCUCAAAAUGCUGAUUAUCCCGCUGAUCGUGUCAACCCUGAUUUCGGGUAAGUUUAUACGAGAACGUAUUGUGAGAACCGCGGAAGAAACAAACCGCAAAACCGCUGACGUAUUGAGAAAAACAAAGGUUACCUCAUAG